UCGGCUGCUGUGGGGAGUGGACUGCAGGGGCGGAGGGGAGGGGGCGGUGGCCGAAGAGCAGAGACUUCUUCAUUCAGUCUUGUGUCUGGAGUGAGGAGCCCGGAAGAUGCGCCUCUGUACAAGGGCAGGUCCUUUGAACUGACUUCUGAUAGGCAACAGUGCCACGUUUCCAAUGAGUUUGGUGUCAGGGUCCAUGAGAGAAGAGUGAUGUCUGCUGAAGUGCUAUUACUUGAUAGAUUCUAAGAUCAGAAUUUUGGGAGAGCAUGGUAAUCCAGAUUCAAGAAGAAAUAAUGUCAUCGCUAAUAUUGGAAGUAUCCAUUCCAGUUGUUAAUUUGAGGUCAUUAAAUACUAAGCAAGAUUAUAAGGAAUUUCUCCACAUGGCUUCCAAAGAAGUGACCGUUACAGUUCGCCUCAUUCGUUCAUUUGAGCAUCGCAAUUUCCAGCCUAUAGUAUAUCAUGGAGUUAAUUUGGACCAAACUACAAAGGAAUUUAUAGUAUUUCUAAAGCAAGAUAUUCCUUUAAGGACCAACCUGCCACCACCAUUCAGAAAUUAUAAAUAUGAUAAACUAAAGAUUGUUCAUCAAGCACAUAAAGCAAAGACGAACGAGCUUGUGUUGAGUCUGGAAGACGACGACACACUCAUUCUGGAAGAAGACAGCACGCUGCGUGCCGGUGGAAUCGCUCAUGAAACUGAAAUUGCAUUUUUCUGUGAAGAAGAUUAUAAGAACUACAAAGCUAAUCCCAUUUCAUCCUGGUGAAAACCUCUUGGGGGCUCCCUUUUUGCAUACCUGUAUUAAGCUCUUUAUUCCACUAGUGAGUUUUGGAAAUUGACAAAUAAACUUAAAAAUUAAUCUCAGGCUCUGCUAUUUGAGCUGAAGUCUGUGGUGUUUUCUCUCUCUGCAGGUCUGCCCUUUUUCUUUCUUUCUUGUUAUAAAAUAAUAUAUUUAUGAGAAAAACAUUUUUUUUAAGUGAAAGAAAGAGUUAUUCAAAAAUUAUCACGGAGGGGUGCUUGGGUGGCCCAGUUGGUUAAGCGUCUGCCUUCGGCUCAGAUCAUGAUCCUGGGGUCCUGGGAUCCA